UUCUUUAUCAUCAAUUCAUUAAAUGUCCAAAAAAAAGUGAAAAAUCUGAAUUUCAGAGACUCAAUUAAUGUUAACAAAUUGCUAGAGUUGUUCAUCAAAAUGUCUGAAACCCAAAGAAAAGGACCAGCAAUCAACCACUAAUACAGGUUUGAACUAGAUAGGGGACGCAGCUAGAGCUCACCAGAGGCUGGAAAAGACCCACACCUGGUUCCAGUUCUUGUGAUUGCUGCUCAGUUCAGACUGCAUCUGCCUGAGCUCACUCAAUCUGUGUCUCUGGGUCAAGUGAAGGAUUCCUCUGUAGACAAACACAUCCAAAUUUGCACCUUGGUAAAAGUUUUAAAGUAAAGAGUCUGUGAGAGAGACUGAGGCACUAUGGAUCAGUGUGACUGUGCAAAUGAAGACACUGGAGGCCAUGAUGAGAGUAGUGACUCCCUGAAGCUCAAGGAUUCAAGGGCCACAGAUACAGCUGAGGAGGAAGAGUUGAAUGUGUUCUUCCAGUCAAAGUACAUCAAUUUAUUCCCUCUGUACCAGGACUACUGUGUGCAGGCGGAGAGGGAUGAUUUGAACCAACAGAACACAGGUUUUGUGUGCGAGCUGACAAUCCCCCAGGAGCUGCAGACCCCUAUUAUUGACUUCUGCGUCGCUGAAGAUAAAGGCUUUCAACUACUAUCCAUUGCUGCGAAUGCAUGCUUGGCUUCGGCUCCCCCAGUCAGGGGCUCUACCCUUUGGCAAGAUCUAGAAGAGGUGAAGGCGUCCGGCCUGCUCAGAAGGUUGCCAGACCGAGAUAUUCGCCUUCAGGAGUUGAUGUUUGAGUUAAUCGGCUCUGAAGUUUCUUACCUAAACAGCCUUACAAUUGCUGUCCACCACUUCUAUGCUUCGAAGGAGGUGAAACAGACACUGACUCCAAUGGAGCAUCACGUUCUGUUUUCCAACAUUUGUCAAAUAAUGGCAGCGAGUAAUAAGUUUCUUAUGGAUCUGGAAGGUCAACUGGAGGAGAACGUGUUGAUUUCUCAGGUGGAAGACAUUGUGCUGCAGCACUGCUCCGAGUUCCACAGGGUCUAUGUGCCAUAUGUGACUAACAUGAGGUACCAAGAGACUAUGGUCAACCAGCUGCUGCAGCAGAACAGAGAUUUUCUGCAUUCGAUCAAGAACAUUGAGAGUCACAAAGACUGUCAGAGACAGAGCCUGAAGUCAUUCCUUGUCCUGCCUUUCCAAAGAAUUACUCGUAUUAAACUCCUCCUUCAGAGCAUCCUGAAACAGACCAAGCCAGACUCUGACUCUAUAUCCAAUCUAGAAAAAGCAAUAGCAGCCAUCCAUGAGAUUGUAACAGAGUGUGAUAGGGGGGUCCGAAAAAUGGAACAAAUUGAGGAGCUGGUUUACCUGGACAGGCUGCUGGAUUUUGGCAAAAUUAAGUCUGUCCCUAUGGUUGUAAGCGGGCGUUUUCUGGUGCACCAGGGACCCAUACGACAAAGGAGUGUGGGGACAAGCUGCUUCUCAAGUGUAUACCUCCACCUCUUUAAUGACCUUUUGGUCAUUUCAUCCAAAAAGUAUUGGUUCCAACACGCAGGGUUCACAGUUAUGGAUCAUGCUGAGUUCCCCAAACAUGUGAAUGUUGAGCAUGUUCAAACUGAGCUCCUAGGUCUACCCCCAGACUCCUUCCUGUUACAUCUCUCUAAAAACCACACCGGACAACCCACCACCAUGAUACUCGCUGCAGACACAACGUCAGAUAAAGAAGUGUGGACGAAGUUGUUGCCGUGUAAACAGUAGUGGAUUCUGCAAACUGAUUUUAAAUAUCCUACUUUGGUUGUUUUUAACCUGCUCACUUCUUAUAUCUACAUUUGAUAAUAAAAAUAAUUGAAUAACCUUU